AUGUCCGUUACGCUGCAUACCAAUCUGGGUGAUUUGAAGAUUGAGGUCUUUUGCGAGAGUGUCCCCAAAACAGCAGAGAACUUUCUGGCCCUUUGUGCUUCUGGAUACUAUGACCACUCACCUUUCCACCGGCUGAUACCCAACUUCAUGGUGCAGACGGGCGGUCCUGCCAACCCGACGCCCGAGAACCCCAAGGGCGGGCAGUCCAUCUGGGGCGGCACCUUUGAGGACGAGAUUAGGCCGACCUUGAAGCACAACGCACGCGGCACCGUCUCCAUGGCUAAUAAGGGACCUGGCACCAAUGGCUCGCAGUUCUUCAUCACCUUUGACAAGGCGCCGCACCUGGACGGCUUGAACACUGUCUUUGGAAAGCUCCUGGGUGACGACAGCAUUGCAGCGCUGGCCAAGAUUGAGGCCGUUGAGGUGGACAAGAAGAGCAGGCCGAAAGAAAAGAUCUUCAUCGAGAAGGUCACUAUCCAUGCGAAUCCCAUUGCGUCAUGA